UGCCACCUCAUUCACAGACAGGCCUCUCAGGAGAAACCCGGGGAGAUUCCACACUGUCAGCCCCUUCUCCAACAUCAGCACGUGGUUCUGACUCCUCCUCGGUGCCCAGCUCUGUAUUGGCAACCAGGAGAGUAGUGAAAUUGAACUUGGCCUUGAGGAACAGCUGCCUCCAGGGUCGGAUCAGACAAGGGUACGGGGAGCUGGAGUUCACAGUCAAAGGAGAAAUGAGCAAUCUGCGACCUUUGGAGGAGGAGAAAUACGAUAUGUCAGGUGCCCGCCUGGCCCUCACAUUGUGUGUCACCAAAGCCCGGGAAGGUUCUGAAGAAGACCUGGAUGCCCUGGAACACAUGUUCCAGCAGCUGAGAUUCGAAAGCACCAUGAAGAGAGACCCCACUGCCCAGCAAUUCCAGGAAGAGCUGGAAAAAUUCCAGCAGGCCAUCGAUUCCUGGGAAGAACCCGUCAGUUGCGCCUUUGUGGUACUCAUGGCUCACGGGAAGGAAGGCCUCCUUGAGGGAGAAGAUGGGGAGAUGGUCAAGCUGGAGAACCUCUUUGAGGCCCUGAACAACAAGAACUGCCAGGCCCUGCGAGCCAAGCCCAAGGUGUACAUCAUACAGGCCUGUCGAGGAGAACAAAGGGACUCCGGUGAAAUAGUAGGUGGGGAUGAAAUUGUGAUGGUCACCAAAGACAGCCCCCAAACCAUCCCAACUUACACAGACGCCCUGCACGUCUACUCUACGGUGGAGGGAUACAUCGCCUACCGACAUGAUCAGAAAGGCUCCUGCUUCAUCCAGACCCUGGUUGAUGUGUUCACAAAAAGAAAAGGACAUAUAUUGGAGCUUCUGACAGAGGUGACCCGGCAGAUGGCAGAAGCAGAGCUGGAGCAGGGAGGAAAACCAAGGAAAGUGAACCCUGAAAUCCAAAGCACCCUCCGGAAACGGCUGUAUCUGCAGUAGAAGCAGAAAGACAGGGAGGAGCUUUCCUUGCAUCAUUCCUUCUGUACCACAGAAAUUUAGAGGCAGCUUUUACCACUCCCAAGAUCUUCUCUUCCCAAGGAUAAAUGAUGCCCACUUUCCUUUUCAUCACGUGCCUCAUGCAGGUCCUCCUUUAAUCUGUCCCUGUCCUUCUUAGAGCAAACCAGCCAAAACUUAGCACAAGGCAUGGUGGUAACCUUAACAUCAUCUCCCUCAGGCUGGACUUUCUAUCUUUAUUAAUGCAACCUCAGAGACCUAAGAGUGCAUUCACUUAUCCCACUUCCUGUUCCUGUGGUCUUCUUUGUCCCAUGAAGCAGAAACAGGAUAAAACUCAAGAUUUUCCAUGGACAAAUCAAUGCCCACUCAUCCCCUCCUACCCCAAUCCAACCUCCGCUGGCUCCUGCAUCUCACUUGGAGAUAAAACCUCCUCCUGAGGUCAAUGCAUUCCCAACUUCCAGUUCCCUCCUUUACUCUGGUUAUUUAGUAAGGCAAGAACCAUUCUUUCCAAAACCACUCCUCCUUGGCUAGCAAGUUGGUGUCUUAACUCCGUUCUCUUCCUAGCUCAUGGCUUCUCUGGAUAAUGAAGUUGUCUCUUCCUUUCUGGAUCUCUUCCUCCUCACACCCCUCCCCCUGAGACCGUGGACUCUGCCCUCUCUCCAAGAAAAUCCAUCCAUUCAUCUAUUCUUGCAGUCAACUACUCUGAAUGACAGCAUGCUGGAGCUAUGUCAAAUUCCCUGUUCUUACCUUGCUAUUUUGCAGACAACAUAACAUUUAACCUCUCAUAACCAGAGAGGUUCAAUAAUUUGUCAAAUGCAACACAGUAAGACAGAGACAAGGACUAGGCUUGACUUCCAGUUUAGCCUCCUUUCCACGACAUGCUAAGUCUUGAUCCAUCUGAAAUAUUUUUUAAUUAGUGAAGAUGCCUAAUAAAAAUUUUCCCUACCUCCAAGGUAGGAGCCUUCUGGAAGUUUCUAGAAAUUCUCAAUAACCACCAGCUAAGGUUAUGUCCAGGUAACCUUGUAGCACCAGGCUGGAAGUCAGACCGGCUUCACUAUCUUCCCAGUCUGUAUCUCCCCAUCCCCAGCCCUGACCUUUCCUGCUCAGAUAACCUGUGGGUGCAUGCAGUGUCACUGAGAACACAGAGCUAAAGAUGAACCUUUUCUUCCUGGUUGCUACUGCAAGCAUUCCCUGGUAUCCUCAACCUCAGAUUCCAGGUUCCAAUUUCUGCAGUUAAUCUAUGACCCCUCUCUUCUUGCAUCCUUCAUAUGCCACCAGACACCAUGCCCAGUCCAGCUUGAUUUUGAAACAACUUUCGUGACUGUCUUCUCUUCCCUGACAUGUUACCAUCUAGGCUCAAGUCCUCAUCUUCUCUUAACUGCAUCUUUGCAACCAACUUCUUCCCUUGCCUCUCUGCUUUUCCAUCUCACUUUCCAUGUGUCCUCCGUAUCAUCUAUAACAGUGAUUUCCCUGGAACACUCAAGAAGACACAACAUACCCCAUUACUUAAAGACCAGGGGUCUGGGUGCAGUGGCUCAUACCUGUAAUCCCAACACUUUGGGAGUCUGAAGUGAGAGGAUCACUUGAGGCGAGGAGUAAGAGACCAACCUGGGCAACACAGCAAGAUCUUGUCUCUACAAAAAAAAAAAUUAAUUGCCCGGGCACGGUGGCUCAAGCCUGUAAUCCCAGCACUUUGGGAGGCCGAGGUGGGUGGAUCACGAGGUCGAGAGAUCGAGACCAACCUGGUCAACAUGGUGAAACCCCGUCUCUACUAAAAAUACAAAAAAUUAGCUGGGCAUGGUGGCGCGUGCCUGUAAUCCCAGCCACUCAGGAGGCUGAGGCAGGAGAAUUGCCUGAACCCAGGAGGAGGAGGUUGCGGUGAGCUGAGAUCAUGCCAUUGCACUCCAGCCUGGGUAGCAAGAGCAAAACUCUGUCUCAAAAAAAAAAUUAAUUAACCGGGUAUGGUGGCAAGUGACUGUACUCGCAGCUACUCAGGAGGCUGAGGUUGGAGGAUCACUUGAGCCCAGGAGUUUGAGGCUGCAGGGAUCUAUGAUCAUGCAGCUGCAUCCCAGCUCUAAGCAGGAGAGUGAGAUCUGGUCUCCAAAAUCAAUCAAUCAAUCAAAGACCAAAGUCAAACUGCACAUCGGGAUCUCUCACACAUUUCCAAUGUUACCAUCUGCCAGCACUUGGCUAAACUCAUCUCCCAUCUCUUCCGCCAUGAAUUCACUCUUUCAGCAAGGCUAAUGUCACCCUUACUCACCCUUGCCUCUAAGCGUUUGCUAUCACCAUUUUCCCUAAGCUGGGGGGCUCUCCCUCUCCCUUUAUCCCUCUUCCACUACCUCCCACCCCUACUUUUUCCAGAAAGCCAUUUCCACUCUUUUUUCUGGUUGAUCCUGCCCUCUCGCCCAGGAUGAGAUGCUGGAAAUGACCACUUCAGGAGGACAGGGAACAAGAGCUUGCUCUGCAUAAUAAGUGUUCAAUAAACAGUUG